GUAGGAGGGCAGGGAUACCGUCUCAAAACACAGACUUCCUGCGUACAUGGGAACGCACCAUUAUUUAGUCACUGUGUAUUUGCCAUUAGCCCUGAUAGCCGUGCUUCCUCUGUCCUAACGUUUAGGUUUCACUUUCAUUUUGUUUUCCUGAGAAAUGACACUACCUCUGUUUCUAUUAGCCCCUCGGUUUGUCUCUUAGCGUUAGUCGAUCGCCACGUCUACAUGCAGCUGUGAUCAUGCAGAAAGAUUCCGAAGAUAAAACAAAAGCUCCCAGCCUCGGAGGCUUCGCAUUUGGUUCAACUUCUACAUCCAUCUUUGGCAGCACAGCAGCUGCCAACAAUGGAGAGAGAGACUCUUUGUGUAGAGCCUUUAACGAGAGCCUCAGCAAAGUUAAAGCCACCAGUUCAACUGUUAAAAAGGAGGACAAACCUUCGUUUACAUUCACAGGAGCUCAACCUGUUGGAAAGUUGGAAUGUCAAUGGAGAGACGUAGAGUGGACAGAAGAGCAAAAGACGACCCUGAUGAAGACUGUGAGCUCCUACAGGCCGAGCAUUAAAGACGUGACUAAGGCUCGGGUUCUCCUCUUGGGCCCAGUCGGUUCUGGGAAGUCCAGCUUCAUCAGUUCAGUCCAGUCGGUGUUUGAUGGACGAGUCACCAACCGGGCCAUGGUGGGGUCCACCUCUACCAGCUUCACCAAGAAGUCCUUCAGCAUUCGUGGUCAGAAAGGAGAGGAUCCUAACAGACUGGUGCUGUGUGACGUUAUGGGCCUCGGGAAUGGAGAGAUGACUGGACUGACCCUCCAUGACACCCUGUCCAUCAUUAAAGGACAUGUACCUGAGGGACACAAGUUUAGCCCAGAUCAACCAGUGAGCUCUGAGACUGUGGGCUAUGUGAAGAGGCCAGGCCUGAAUGAAAAGAUCCACUGUGUGGCCUUUGUGGUGAACGCCUCUAAAAUCAUGUCCUGCCCCAAAGGCCUCAGCACCACCUUCCAGCAGCUCAGAGAGCACAUCAGUGACUUGGGUGUUCACCAGGUGGCUCUGCUGACCCACAUAGACCAAAUUUGUCCAGAAACAGCCAAAGAUGUCGCCGAGGUUUACAAGAGCCGCAUCAUUCAGGACAUGAUGACUAAGGCUGGAGCUCUGCUGGGUAUGUCCACCUCCUACAUCGUCCCAGUGAAGAACUACUCAUCAGAGUUGGACCUGGAUGUGAGCACUGACAUUCUUCUGCUUGGUGCUGUCGACCACAUCCUGCAGUAUGCUGACCUGUAUUUCCAGGACAAUACACCACAAUUUGAUGAAUGCGUUUGAAUAAUCAGUUGUACGAAAUUUCAAUGGACAAAACUAUAAAAUAUCUAUCAAAAAAAUCAGUCUGUCAUAUUUUACUGUUAAGCAUGAUCUGUGCUUUGUAUCAAGGACGUUGGAUCUCAUGCUAGAACCAAUGGUGUGACCACAUUUAUUCUUGAGUGACUUGUAUGAGUGGAUUCAAAACACCUUCUGCAUUCACCAAUUAUCUGCUACUUAAAAUGUUCUUAAAUGGUCGGUAGGAAUGACAUUUUCGAAGGGUCUGCACCCGUUUCGCACAGUUAGCAUGCCUUUCUCCUAAGAGAGGAUAAAACCUUGUUAAAUAACUUGAUGUAAAUUAAUUUCAAGUUUACAUUUGUUGCUGAAAUCAGCUAAAUAAAGAAAGAUACAAACCUAA